UGACUGCCAUGACGUGCCAUCACGGCAGGGGAAAUGUAACAUGCGCAGUGCAGAUGGCGGCAGGGGCGGACAGACAACUCAUAGGGCCCCCCGGUCAAUAGGGGAUCAUGGGGCCCCUGUGUCCUUGCCCAAACUCAAAAAAUCCUAUGAAAAAGGUACCAGGGGCAUCUCAUGGGGCCCCCUACUGACCCUGGGCCCUUGGGCAGUGCCUGAGUUUCCAAAUGGUCAGUCCGCCCCUGGU